UCGGUCUCGAUCGCAAAAAAAAGUUGGAUAUUUCUGCUUUACCGCGUGGGGCCUUUCCCUGAGUGUUCAUAUAAAAGAGUGAUCACAUAAUGGUCUAUUAUUUUACGUCGAAUGUGGUGGACCCCUCUGCGUUCAUUUACGUGGGGAAAGAUAAAUUUGAAAAUGAGGAUCUUAUUAAGCAUGGGUUAGAAAAGGAUUCUCAGUUCCACGUCGAUAAUCUAUCCAGUGCACACGUUUAUCUACGCCUCCGCGAUGGUGAAACAUGGGAAAACAUUCCAGAGUCGCUCCUAGUGGACUGCGCGCAGCUUACCAAAGCAAAUUCCAUUGAGGGAAACAAAAAGGACAACAUCACCAUCAUAUAUACCCCUUGGUCGAACCUCAUGAAGGACGGCUCUAUGGCUACUGGUCAAGUCUCGUUCCAUAACCAGAAAAUGGUCCGCAAGGUUUUCGUGCCGCUGAGGGAGAACGCCAUUGUCAAUCGUCUCAAUAAAACGCGAGUGGAGAAAUUCCCCGAUCUCAAGGCAGAGAAGGAUGAGUAUAUGAAGAAGCAGCGACAGGACGAGCGAAAAACCCGAGAGGAGAAGCGACACAAGGAGAAGCAGGAAAAGCGAGAAAGGGAGCAAUUGAAAUGGCAGAAGGACCAUGCGUACGACGAUCUGAUGAGUGAAGAGAACAUUCAGGCAAGCAGCAACCAGGAUCGGGAUUCGAACUUUCUUGAUGACUUCAUGUGAGCGCUACCUGUCGCCUAUUGAAGCUUUACAUUCCAUACCAUGCGUCUCGAUGUCUAUACCCAAGUUUUGUAUGCAUUCGCCUGUGAUUAGUCAUUUAUCCUUCCCCUAACAAUCCAGGUGGUGGUGGUGGUGGUACUACGCAGUACGAUACCUAGAUGAGGAACCGCCAAUAGAAUCUCAACCGACCAAUCCAGUUCACCACCA